CCUUGUUUCAGUACAUUUGCAGUGCUCGAUCGGUUAGCAUCUUCUGUUCUGUCGAUCCUGAGAGAGGCUCGUACCAAUCGUUACAGAAGAUUAGUGUGUUUGUAUUAACUUUCCGAAAAAUCGUGAUAAGAUCGCUGAGUCAAGUGUCUUCUCGAGUGUGUAAUUUGAGCAGUUUUUCUUCAUUUUCGACUGCUCUAACGUGAUUCCGUUCUUUGCACCAAGUGUUCACAUAUCCAGCAUGUGUUUUUAGCUGUGAAAGACAGUGAGUGAGUGGUGGAUCGCACGAAGAGUAUAAUUCUAUGAGCUCCGGUUUUCUGUACUUAAAAACUUUGUAUGUUUAUUCUGUCGAAUCCCAGAGAUACCCGAUAGCGGAUACAGUCUGCGUUGGUCCAGCAGAGGGACCGCACGUGUUCUUGUUGUUCGCUUCAGUGAAGUGUAUUGGCAAAAAACUGAAUAAAAAUAUUACCUAGAAGAGGCUUCAUUAUCAUGGCUUCAAAAUCCUUUAUAUUGGUUAUAUCCGUCUUGUGCCUCGUAUCAUCUGCAGUAUUCGCCCAACAGAGGGUGGACGUAACGAACCAGGAAAUUCGCGAUGCCAUCCUUUCGUUGGUGCAUUCCUAUAGUCAGCUGGACAAUAAGCUAGAACGGCACGAGCAGAGGGAACGAUCCCUUGGCGAGCAGGUUAAGAAGGGUUUAAUCACGCUGCAGAAGAACCAGCGGGUAUUCGACACGCUGAAGGGAACGAUCACGCGGCUAGACGAACGCGUCAGCAGCAUCGAAACGGCGCUCCUCAGCCAAGAUGAGAAGAACACGAUGCAGCAAAUGAAGCUGGGUGAAACUCUUGAGGGGGUUCUGCGUUGGUUGACUGACAAUGCGCACGCGCUUGAGGCUAGAGUCCAGCCGGAACCUCCCCGGUCCGAGGAGGAGGGCGAGGGACUGGGAGCGAAGAUCGAGGAGCUUACCGAAAGUAUUAGAGAGCUGAGGCGGGAGAUGGCUGAACUGAAAUCGGACAGAGACUCUAUUGAGCAAACCAACCGUAAUCUGCUGGAGCAAACGGAGAAACUGCUUAGCGCCAAGGUCGACUCGUCGGGAGAGAUUAUCGGCAAAAUAGAGGAGCGGUUAUCUUCUUACUACAACAACCCGGUCGUUAUCUCCCACUCGAACGUUGACUUCGAGGAGAAGGUCAUCGCGAAGCUGGACAAGAUUGAUGCCGUCGCGAAGGAAAGUAAAUCGGUGGCGGACAGCUUGGCGGCCCAACCGCCUGCCCUAGAUAAGGAGUUUAUUCAUGGGCUGGUCAACGAAACGCUGGAAGCGAUAGAGGAUAUGCGUCUGGAGGUGUUGACUGCGUCCGAUAAGAGCUUCUCGAAGACGGCGACCCGCAUCAAGGAGAACAACGAAGUGCUGCAGGGCUCGGUGAAUGAGAUUCUGAAGACCCUGUCGGAGGAAAUCAUCGAUACGGAAGCUUUCUUCUCGGCCACCAAGAAAGACAUUGGUUCGCUGAAGGAUGAGAUUGCGGCACUGAGCAGAUUGGAGAAAUUCCUGCUGCAGACGGGUGAAAAUGUGCUGGAUGCCAAGCGGGGUAUUGACUACGGUAUUCAUCAAAUUCUUCGCGAGGUGACCGAGGUUGUGAAGGCCAAUUCGAAGGAACUGAAUGCAACGGUCACUAAGCGAUUUGAUGACAUUGGGGCUACUAUCUUGGAUAAUCAUAAUGGCGCGUUGACCAACCUCAGUUCGAAGAUCGAAACGGAGAUUAGCCAAGUUUGGCGACAGAUUGGUAUUAUGUAUCAGGAGAUUUCAUCCAGCAAGCAAGCAUUGGAUCGUCUGCAGCAACAGACGGAAACAUAUGUUAACGGAACAAUUACAACAAUGGACAGCAUGGAGGGCAAGGUUUCACUGAUCACCGGUCGAAUGUCUGAGGUGGAUUCAAACCUGAACUAUCUACUGGGCCGGUUGUCAUUGGUAACGCAAGAGUUCAAUCUGAUCAAGCGAGGUUUAGGCCAGGCGCUGGAUGAAAUCAAGAGUAGCUUCAUGGAGGUACAGAACCGUCUGAAGGGACCGGGACCACAUAAAAUAUCAUCCGCCGAAGUCGAGGACGAUCUGAGUCUAGCUCCGCCGGCUAAAUGAAGUGCCAUCGAAAAUUAUACCGCUUCUGCUAGUAUAUAAGAGAAUAUCCAAUGAGCCUAACAGGGGGAAAUCUAGUGUAUUCUUUUCUCUGCAGUUUGUGUGCUUAAGCAAUUUAGCGCAAAACAUAUUCAGAGUGUCUGCAGUUUAACAGAGUUUAUUUUAUUAUAGAUUACGAAUGUAAGCAUAAAGAUGAUUAAUAAAGUACUUGGAUUAAAUUUAA